AUGACUGAACUAAUGAAUGGAGAGCGAUUAAUGCCUUCCUCAUCAUCCUCUUCAAAUAUGUUGUCGGGUGAAGAGCAGCGUGUAACUGCUAUCGGAGAAGAGGGAUCUUCGAUGCCCGUAGCCACUGAUAUCAAUACUAAGGAACAACAGGGUGGUGAGAACGGGGUUGAAGGAGAAGAACACAACAAUAACAACACAUCGUUGAUGAGCAAUCAGGACGGGAAUGAGAGUCCAAUAGUGGGCUCACCGAGCGGAAAAGAUGCUGCGACAACAAACAAUGUACAAGCAACUCAACAAGUCGAAGUACAAACAAUCAUUCAAGAUUCACGAACUCAGAUUGACGAAUCAGUUGGAGUUAUUAAAUCUAAAAUUCGAGAGGGAACAAAACUUGUCACCAAUGUGAAAGUAGAAAGCGACAUGGAAGAGAAUAAGAGACGACUCAAGUAUGACGUCAAGAAAGAGGAAAUACAACAAAAAUUGAAAAGUGAGGCUAUUGUGAGCUCGAAAAAGAAUGCAGCAAUCCAAAUGAAAUGGCCUUCUUUGUAUGACAAGAAAACUCAUCAAGAAUUAAUGGACAAGCUUUUAGAACAACAAGAAAUGUGUUUAAAGGUGAUUGAGAGUAAACAAGCUCUCAUUAAAGAGCUUGGCCAAGAACUCAAACAGAGAGAUGAAGAGUAUGUGAAGGCCUUAAAGAAACAGACCAAAGAUUUAGAUACUCUGAUUGAAAGAAUGAAUGCUCAGGUGAAAGAACUCAUCGACUUGUACACGUUAGAGUUGUCCAGAAUCGAAACAUCUUUCGAAAAAGAGAGAAAAGAACUGAUUAAACGAAAUUUGGAGGAAUUUCAGGCAAUUGCAGAAGAACGAAGUAAAAAAGAAGAGAACUAUGCUCUAAGUAGAAUACAAAAGGUCGACGAAUAUGAACAACAGCUCAAAGUGCUGGCAGAUCAAGAGAUGGAAAAGUAUGCCAAGAAAAAAAAGGAACUCCUUGAUGAAAUUCAUGAAUACGAGCAAGAAAUUGACUCAAUUAGAGGAGAAUACCAACUCAUGGCCCAAAAAUUGGAAUAUUACUUUGAAGUACUGGUGGACAGAGUGGAGGACAACAAAACUGCAGUCCGAAACAAUCGAGCUCUCUUGGCCAAAUUACAAGAUCAGUUGAGUGGAAUCAAGGCAAAAUACAUUCGCGACGACAACAAAUAUAAGGCAGAAAACAAUGAGACGACCGAACAAUUUAAGAGGCUGAGCAUUCAAUACAAGGAUUUACUACAAAAAUUUAAAUAUUUUGAAGAAGCAGACACCAAGAAGUAUAAAGAUAUUUGGAAAAUGAAUCAGGAAAUUGUGGAGGAUUUGGCUGAAAAAUUAAAGAAGGCUGACGAGAUUAUCACCACACAACAGCUUGGCCUCAGGUGGAUACCACCAGAGGAAGAUAUCAAAAGCAUUCCAGAAAAAACUCAAGACUAUACAACUACUAUUCAAGAGACGUCAGUCAACUUGGAGUCCUCAUUUUCGGAAUCUGUGAGUGAGUCUUCCAAAGACACAGCAACAAAUAACACCAUGACUCCCGCUGGAGAGACUGUUCGAUUAAUUUUCGAGACCCUUUGUGACAGUGCAGGGUUUUUAGUUGAGGAGAAGGUUGAAAAAUUGUUGCAAAAAUUACCUCCUGAAGAGUCAAAGGUGUUGAAAGUUGAUAACAUUUUGCGAGUCAUAGGAAUCGAUACUCCUGAAGAAACUACUAAGAUGAUUAACUUUUUUAUCCAAUGUAUUGAAGAAGAAAAAGGAAGCAUAGAGGAUCUUCAUGACAUCUCCACAGAGCUCUUGAUCAAGAUCUUGAGAAAAUUUGUUGAGGAGCAAAAUAAGAAGGCCAUGAUGGAGCAAAACGAAAGUGGUAGAAAGAAGAAGGUAUUAAGCACCGUCGAAAAAGCGAAGGACAGAAAACGAAAAGAAGAAAGAGAGUUUUGGAAAAGAAUGGCACAAAUUAUUCCAGAAUCGAGGUAUAAGGUCUGGGGAGCUCUUGAAAGAGGUUUAGAAAAAUAUGGAGAAAUUCUUGCAAAACGAGAGAAGUUAAUCACUGAAACAGAAAUGAUUCGAAAGCAGAACAAUGAGCUUCGGGACCUUCUCAAUCAAUACAUGCAGCAGAAAAUCAAUGAGGAACUAUUGGUUCCCACACAAAAGAUGUUGUAA